CGUAGGCCGAGCUGUGUUGUGCUCGGUGGGAACGGGGAGCUCGGGUUUGUGGCUGCGGUCUCCAGCCAGCUUCGCGAGUUUUGGGGGCUGGCAGACGUCCUGACCCUGGUACCUGAGCUCCCUUUGAGGACUGUAAGUCACGACCUGAGCCACUGUGGGGAUCGGGUACUGCGGCCCUAAUAAGAGCCCAAAUGGCACAGUGGGAGCUGCUGCAGAGUCUUGACAGCUUUUAUCUGGACCAGCUGCACCGGCUGUAUACAGAAAGCCUUCUGCCCAUGGAUGUUCGACAGUACUUGGCGGCCUGGAUUGAAGACCAGAACUGGAAAGAAGCUGCCCUGGGCAAUGAUGACUGCAAAGCCAAAAUGUUAUUCUUUCAUUUCUUGGACCAACUGAACUCUGAAUGUGGCCGCUGCAGUAAGGACCCAAAAAGCUUGUUGAUACAGCACAACUUGCGAAAAUUCUACAGGGAUGUUCAGGAUAUUCAGGUCUUUCCCCAAGGUGCUACUCAAUUGGCUGAGUUGAUCUUUAAUCUCCUUCUAGAGGAACAAAGAAUUCUAAAUCAGGCUCAGAGGACUCAGAUGAGUCUUUUAUUUCAGGAGCAAGACAUACCAGAUCUUGAAAUGCCCAUGGAGAACGAACAGGUGGAGAUCGAAUCCCGAAUCCUGGAUCUAAGAGCUAUGAUGGAGAACCUGGUGAAAUCCAUCACACAACUGAAAGACCUGCAGGAUGUCUUCAGCUUCCGAUUCGUGAUUCUCAACCAAAGGAAAACAUCUUUGGACCCCCAUCACAGCACGCAACAGCAGCUUGUGCAGAAUACUGCCAAUGAACUGGACAAAAGGAGAAAGGAGGUACUGGAUGCUUGUAAAGCACUGGUGGGCCGAUUAACUACCCUAGUCGAACUACUGCUGCCAAAGUUGGAUGAAUGGAAAGUCCGGCAACAAAAAGCCUGCCUUGGAGCGCCACUGGACCAUGGGUUGGAACAACUGGAGAAAUGGUUCACAGCUGGAGCAAAGCUAUUGUUUCAGCUGCGGCAGCUCCUGAAGCAGCUGAAGGAAUUGAGCCACAUGGUGGCGUAUAAGGGUGACACUUUUAAAGAUGGGGUACAUCUACAGAAGGCCCAAGUCACAGAGUUACUACAUAAUCUGCUCCACAGAGCAUUUGUGGUGGAGGCUCAACCCUACAUGCCCCAAACUCUCCAUCGGCCCCUCAUCCUCAAGACGGGGAGCAAGUUCACCGUCCGAACACGGCUGCUAGUGAGACUCCAGGAAGGCAAUGAGUCACUGAUGGCAGAAGUCUCCAUUGACAAGAAUCCUCCUCAAUCACAAAGCUUCCGGAAGUUCAACAUUCUAACCUCAAACCAGAAAACUUUGACCCCAGAGAAAGGACAGAAAGAGGGUUUAAUUUGGGACUUCGGCUUCUUGACACUGGUAGAGCAACGUCCAACUGGUCAAGGAAAGGGCAACAAUAAGGGACCGAUGACUGUGACAGAAGAAUUGCACAUUAUCAGCUUUACGGUCAACUAUAUCUACCAGGGUCUGAAGACGGAGCUGCAAACGGACACUCUCCCUGUGGUGAUUAUUUCUAAUAUGAACCAAUUGUCCAUUGCCUGGGCCUCCAUUCUGUGGUACAAUCUUCUCAGCCCAAAUCAGAACCAGCUGUUCUUCUCCAGCCCCCCUCUGGCUCCCUGGAGCCUGCUGGGCCCUGCUCUCAGUUGGCAGUUCUCUAACUAUAUCGGCCGAGGUCUCGAUGCUGAGCAGCUGAGCAUGUUAAAGAACAAACUCUUCGGACAGAACUUUAGGAUGGAGGACCCACUGUUGUCCUGGACUGACUUCAGCAAGCGAGAGAGCCCUCCUGGCAAGAUACCAUUCUGGACAUGGCUAGACAAAAUUCUUGAGCUGGUACAUGAUCACCUGAAGGAUCUCUGGAAUGAUGGACGCAUUAUGGGCUUUGUGAGUCGGAGCCAGGAACGCCGGCUACUGAAGAAGACCAUCUCUGGGACUUUUCUGCUGCGUUUCAGUGAAUCUGCAGAAGGGGGAAUCACCUGCUCCUGGGUGGAACACCAGGAUGGUAAGAUGCCCAUCCGAUCUGUGCAGCCCUUCACCAAGGAAGUGCUGCAGUCCCUCCCACUGACCGAAAUCAUCCGCCACUACCAGUUGCUCACCGAGGAGAACAUCCCUGAGAAUCCACUGCGCUUCCUCUAUCCCCGGAUCCCCCGUGAUGAGGCUUUCGGGCGCUACUACCGGGAAAAAAUUAAUCUUGAAGAACAGAGAAAAUACCUGAAACAUAGGCUCAUUGUAGUCUCUAACAGACAGACGGAUGAGCUGCUACAACCCAAGGAACUUGAACUGGACCCAGAACUCGAGUCAGAGCUGAUGCCAGAGCAAAGUCUGGACCUGGAGUUGGAGCCACUGCUCCAGGCAGGGCUGGAUCUGGGCUCCAGGCUGGAUCUGGGCUCAGCACUGGAACCCGGCUCAGCACAAGAGCCCAAGCUAGAACCUGGGCUCGAACCCACACUAUGCAUGAUCUCACCAAGAAUGCUGGAGCCAGAAUUGAAACCUGCAUUACAGCCAGAGCCAGAUUUGCCCUGUGAUCUGCGAUACUUGGAGACUGAAGGAAUGGAAAUUUUCAGCGGUAUAAAGAUUGAUGAAAUCAUGCCACAUGGCGACCCACUGCUGGUAGGCCAGAACAUUGUGGAUGAAGCUUACAUCUCCUGCCCAAGCCAUUUUGACACAGAUGGACCCCUGAUGACUUCUGACUACUAAGAACUACAUUUCCUCUGAUAUUUCUAUAUCUGACUCCCUCCCACCUCCCACGUCAUAAUGCUGCCCUCUAAGGAUGGGAAAUCAGGCAUUCUAAGCCGGACUAACUGAAGUUGGGAGUGAGAGACAAAAGAAGAGCAAGUAUAUGGAAGGGGCCGCAAAGACUCAGGUUAAUUGCUAGUCAUGGUUCUAAAGAGAAUCCUGGAGGAUGCCUGCUGUGCUGGAUGGUACAAGGUCCUGUGGUCAGACCAGGACAGUUGGAAGAUACUUGGAAUGCCUAGGAUAGGGCCGCCUUUCCGCUACAGAAGAAUUUUAGCAUUUUAAAAUAGCUGAUAAGGUUGAACUGAUGCAGACCACUAUUGGUCUUUGGUGGGGAGCAUCAGCACUGGGUAGAAUUUCUCUUUCUCCCUCUCUCCUUCUCACUGUCCUCUAGUUAUUGUUGUAUUUAGCACUUUCCAUAUACUAGGUAAGUACUACGCACACCACACACCUCUAGUUCUUCACUUCUCUUUUGUUUCCUUCAGGUCUAGAAUAACCUUUUCCUUUCUUCUUCCCUUUACUCCUGAUGCCAAAUUCCAGU